CGCCACAGUUUCCAAACACCAUUCCUCGAAAUCACCUCGCAACAAGUCAAUCAACCGUAGCUUCAAAUUCGCACCUAUCGCUCCUAUCACAACAUUAUCUCCUCCACAUCCGAAGGCCACGUUACUCACACGAACCCGCAGUCCAUCCUCUUCCUUUCCCUCAAAAUGUCGGACACCACCGACACCGCCGAGACCCUCAAGGAAAUCCUCUCCACCAAAAUCACCAUCAAGUACCCCAACGGCAAAGUCGUGGACCUGGGGCAGGAACUCGCCACCACCGACGUCGUCGACGAGCCCCAAGUGUCAUGGGAAGCCGACCCCGACAAGUACUACACCCUCAUCAUGUACGACCCGGACGCCCCCAGCAGGCUCGAGCCCAAAUACGCCGACAUCAAGCACUGGCUGGUGGUGAAUAUAAAAGGGUGUGACGUGAAAAGUGGUGAAGUUAUCGCUGAGUAUGUGGGUUCGGGGCCGUCACAAGGGACCGGUUUGCACAGGUACAUUUUCCUGGUGUACGAGCAGAAGGGGAAGAUGGAGUUCGAGGAGCCUAAGGACGAUAAGAUGUCGCGGGAGCAUCGGAUUAGCUGGUCGAUGAGGGGGUUCAGGAAGAAGUACGAUUUGGGGAAGGUGUUCGCUGGGAAUUAUUACCAGGCGCAGUGGGACCCGUCGGUGGAUGUGAGGAAGAAGGCGAGGGAGGAGGCUAGCAAGAAUAAGUAGAAUGUGUAGUAAUUAGGUGGUUCGUUUGGUACUUAUUUUUUGAUUUGUGCUAAUAGACAUUGCAGUACCCUAAACCUUGUGAAAAUAAAACUGGAAUAACUAUAAAUAAAAUUCCUGUCUGUUAGCCAUUGUAGAUAAGAAACAUCCGGUCAUGGCUGAACUGGAAGAUAGCAAAUAUUUAUUUUUAUGAGUGACAAUGUUAGAUUUUCAAAUAAAAUUAUAAUUAUCUUGUAUAAAUUUUCGCUAUCGAGACGCCAGUUUCUAUUUUUUGUCUAUACCUAUAUUUAAUAAAAUGUUUAUCUCAUUA